CGCGGUUCGUCGGCUGCCUUUGGAACCAAAAGCCUCUUUCCGUCGAUCGUAUCCAUUAUGUCGACUACUUCAAAGCAGAACUGCGAUGCCCUCAAGCAGCUUCCCAAGCCGAUACCAGGAAUGACCUCAGUUGUCGAAUGCCCUCAUGUUCUGUCGUCCUCCGCGUCUCCGAUCUCGGGCAGUAUCGUCACCUCUGCUCAGUCCGCUCAUAUCCACGGUCCCGCCCGAUCCAGCGCUGCCAAGGCGUUCGAGGACAGCUUGAGUAGCAACGCCGCCUCUAUCGAUCGACCCGAAUCCAUCGAACCUUCGACCAAGGAGCGCCCACACAAGAUCGCCAUCGCACGCGUCGCGUCAGAACAUCAGGCUGCAAAGACAUCUGCGGUAACACCUCUGGUCUCCGAGGAUGCGAAGGCUUCAGCGCCCGCUAUACAGUCUCUGUCCAGGCUGCCGCCUUCCUCCUCUUCGUCGUCACACGCGCCCGCCGCAUCGGAAUCUCUACGGCCCUCCCCGCCUUCGACCUCGGCUCUCUCACACGUGUCUUCUGCAUCUACUCGCUCCUCUAAUUCUUCAAUGACUCGUGCCGCCGACCCCAUUCGCUGGCUCCCCAUAUGCAUCAACCUCACGAUAUUCCUAGUCGCCUUUUUCGCCACCCAUUAUGCCCUGCAUUCGAUAUCACAACCUCGGCCUCAGCCUACGCAGACAAUAACAGCUGCGGGGCCAGUGGCGCAAGGUCAGCCAGCUGCAUCGGGGCCAGCUCCAGCUCCCACGACGUGGCAUGCUCAACGACCUGCAGGAGGAAAAGCUGCGGCGCCUGUAGUGGGCCAGGCUCAGUCAGCGAAGGGCCAGCUACUGACUCGCAAGACCGCAGUCGGCGUGGUCUCUGUAGGCCCGGAUGGACGCGCACGCCGCCGGAUCCGCUUCGUUCGUCCGCCAGAAGCGUUGUCGAAGGUCGCGAGGAAGCGGGCGGUCAUGUAGGUCCGGCCCGUAGAAGAUACAGGUGUCGGUGAACUAGAAGAAGGGUGGGCUCGGAUGGAUUGCAAGGAUUCCCAACUGUACUGUGGCACUCAUUCUCUUUUCGCAUGCGUAUGGACCUACUGUUCGACUUUUGGUUCCUUGCUGUGAUAGGUAGUCUUCUUGAAAAGGUGAUAACGUA